AACCAUCUCACUAGACAUCACUCCCCAUCCUCCUCGCUGCCUUCCUCAACCUCGGAGCCGUCCUCGCCCUCGUCUUCGGACGAGAGAGCGCCGCACGCAUCCUCCUCUGCGCCCUCCGCGUCCAGCAGCACCUGCUCACGGCGUGUGGGUGUGAACAGCGUCUCUUCACACCUCAGGCCCUCCGCGUCCAGCAGCACCUGCUCACGGCGUGUGGGUGUGAACAGCGUCUCUUCACACCUCAGGCCCUCCGCGUCCAGCAGCACCUGCUCACGGCGUGUGGGUGUGAACAGCGUCUCUUCACACCUCAGGCCCUCCGCGUCCAGCAGCACCUGCUCACGGCGUGUGGGUGUGAACAGCGUCUCUUCACACCUCAGGCCCUCCGCGUCCAGCAGCACCUGCUCACGGCGUGUGGGUGUGAACAGCGUCUCUUCACACCUCAGGCCCUCCGCGUCCAGCAGCACCUGCUCACGGCGUGUGGGUGUGAACAGCGUCUCUUCACACCUCAGGCCCUCCGCGUCCAGCAGCACCUGCUCACGGCGUGUGGGUGUGAACAGCGUCUCUUCACACCUCAGGCCCUCCGCGUCCAGCAGCACCUGCUCACGGCGUGUGGGUGUGAACAGCGUCUCUUCACACCUCAGGCCCUCCGCGUCCAGCAGCACCUGCUCACGGCGUGUGGGUGUGAACAGCGUCUCUUCACACCUCAGGCCCUCCGCGUCCGGCAGCACCAGCCGCCCCCACGCGCGCGCGGACGGCUCGAACGGACGGUCCUCAUCGGGCCGACCAUCGGCAAGCCCGCCGCGAUCAUCAUCCUCGGCCCGAUCCUCUACGUGGCCGACGCGGCGGGCGGCUGCGUCCAUAAGUUUGCCCUCAAUAACGUGGGCGAUGGGCUGGUGCGCAUCAUGCGCAGCCAGUUCAGCGACGCCUUCAGCCCGUGGGGCGGGGCCGCGGCGAAGGUCGACGGGCGGGCCAUCCUGCUCUUCGCAGAUCGACCGCGGUCGCGCGUGGUGGCCUUCGACGCGCACACGCUGGAGCGCAUCUACACCUUUGGCUCCCCCAAGUGCCUCGUCGAUCCGGCCGUCGGCUGGCAGCACACUAGCUCCUCUGAGGUUGCCCUGUGCUGGCCGGUGGACGUGGCAGCCGACGGCUCCCGCGCCCUCGUCCGCGACCGGCGCGGCGUCCACGAGUGGCGCGUGA